GAUGAGCGCAUUUUCUUUUCCGCCCGUGUGCGGAGUGUGGCCGCACAUGUACAAAUAAAGUCAUAAAAAUCUACAAAAAUGCGCAUAGAAAAGUGCUAUUUCUGCUCCGCUCCGGUGUAUCCCGGACACGGUAUGAUGUUUGUACGAAACGACUGUAAGGUUUUUCGGUUCUGCAGAUCAAAAUGCCACAAAAACUUCAAAAAGAAGAGAAACCCAAGAAAGACCAGAUGGACCAAAGCGUUCAGAAAGGCGUCGGGGAAAGAGCUGACAGUGGAUAACUCACUGGAGUUUGAAAAGCGCAGAAAUAUUCCAGUCAAAUACAACAGAGAACUCUGGAGCAAGACGGUGGUGGCAAUGCAGAAGGUUGCAGCUAUCAAACAUAAGAGACAGUCACGAUUCAUCAUAAACAGACUGAAGAAAGGCAAAGAGCUUGAGAAAGCUGCAGAUGUCAGUGAAGUUAAGAAAAACAUUCACCUCCUCAAAGCUCCACAUGCAGGUCAAGCCAAACAGCUGGAAGACAAGAUGGUCCAAAAGCUGUCAGAAGAUGUGGAAAUGGCGGAGUGAAGAGAACGAGUCUUAGAUUUUGUUUUUGAAACCGAUUCUUCUCAAAAGUUUUAUUUAACACAAACCACUCAUUAAAUCUGUAACGUGGGGUUUUUGCAUGAGUUUCUGUUCUUCAGAUCAAUUCCACUUCUCUGUCGUGUUAUCCAGAUGUUAAAGGAUCAGUCAGACAUCGUGUUGUGUGCUGUAACUUUUCAUCCAGCUAAAUAUGUAUAUGUAUCCAGGUGAAAACAACAAAGUGUCACAAAAUAUAAUUCCAAUAAAAACCUUGGUCCGUAAA